CACCGAUUCUGACCGAUCUUUUCAUCUUUUACAACAACCAGAAACGCAAAGAAAGCAAAAAGAAAACGCCCCAAGAACACAAACCCGGAUGAGGGGCGUAGACUGUAGAGAGAAAAAAUCGGUCCUAGACAAGCCACAAUGCUGGUUCGUGUCUACCAAACCGCCCAAUCUGUGACCUUGAUUUGCUUCAGGCUCGGGGUCCGGGGUCUUCUGGGCAGCGACAGGAGCGAAGAGAAGUGGCCACACUCUCUGUCUGUCUAGUCUAGUCUUAUCUGGCUGACGCUGCUCGUACGAUUGAUGAGAAACCACACACACACACGACCCAACCCGUGUGACCUUCGUGAGCUUACACAGAACCUUUUGCCGAAACUUCGUCAAAACAACGAGCCCCCCCGGCACUGAGUGAAAGCGGAUCUUGCGAUUGAAGGGGGUUUUCGAAGGUUCCAUUUUAGCACCAUACUGGAACAGCCACCUAAGACCACUGGAUCCUGGGUUGGAGCGUUGAUGAUAAGACGGCGGGACAAGCUACCGGAAACCGGAUUUUUCUUGUGCCAUUCUGUCUUUCACCCCACUAUCAAUCAGCCAAUGUGGUGGUGGUGACCUUCGGGGAACUUUUUGAUAAAGUGACCGCUUUGUGGAUGGUUCACGGAUCCUUUUUGGGUCCUUUGUAAGAAGCGCUUGGUUACAUCGAUACUGCUGCCAUUCCGGACGCGUCGAUUUUUGGCACACCACAGGCGAUAACCUUUUUGAUUCUCCUCCAGCAAAGCGGAUCUUUCCAGCGCUAAUAAAUUUGAUUUACGAGUGUGAGGCCCAAUAUUGAAGGUGGUAUGGUGUGCGUCCUCGGCGGAACGGAGAGCUUGCGGUAAAGAGAUGGCAGCUCCUGGACCUAAUUCACACUCGCUUCACUCCAUUGUGCAAUUUAAUGACAGUAGGGAAGUAAGUAGUAGGGCGUUUAUUAUGUGCCGGUUUGUUCUGGACACAGAGAAUCCCGGACAGAAACCCACCGUGGUACCGCUCGGGUGGUGCCGUUGUAGCAGUGUAAUGCCUGUGACGCAUAAAGCCUUUAAUAAGCUAGCCGAUAAUUGUUCCCUGUGCCACGAGGCGAGAAGGAGACCAGGAGCAGGCCCUUCAAAGGCUUUUAUGAACUUUUCGAAGCGGAUGCAGCGUGUCGGUGGCGACGGCGGUUCGGUAAUCAUAUCCACCACGACUAAGACCACAGCGAUGACCGCACCACCACCGCCAAUACGGCACGAUGAUGAUGAGAUCCACUGGUCAGGCGAAGAAAAUGCGCGCCUCGAUUCAUUAGCGUGUUAUGUCAUUCGCGCGGUGCUGUUUGUGCUCUUUUCUCUGGUCACACCCCGUGUGACCGCUGCCAUCGUGGAGAAAGGGGGAUUCCCCCGUUCCGCGCAGCACAGAAAUCCAUAACCGGAACAGCAUCAUAACACACACACGCACGCACAGCUUCCCAUAGCAAAACAAGGCAAAACAACCAGCGUGUUUUUUUCUCUGGGACAUGGCUCCAAGGCUUUGUGCACGACCACACCAGCGCGCUUUGGUGGUACUACAUAUAUUCCCACUUCGUGAGCUUUACUAUUGACAUAGCGCGCGUAUGUGUGCGCUGGAAGCCCGUGGUGGCCCCACGAAAAGUGCAACAAGAAGAUCACAUUUGUUAAACAUGACGGCGUCCUCUCCUCGGGUCCCCACAGGACUCUGAAGUCUUAUGAUCUGAAUGCCUGAACUGUUUUUUUUUGUCCUGUUGUUUAUUCGAACAUGGUGGUCGUCGUGGUGCGAUGGUAAAUCCACCGAAAACAUGAAACCAACGCUCAAAAGCAACGCGCAGAUGUACUACACAAAAAACCUGUACGCGUCGGCAAGAUGACAGGACGAUCGAGGAUUCGAGGUUUUGCGUUUACUGGCUGCUUCUGCGCCCGCUGCAGAAAGGCGGCGGAAAAGCGAAAGUGCUUGAACUUGAACACUAUGCGAACGCGCGCCCGCCCGUUAUGCUGUUGUGUGAUUAUUUAUUGUUCGUUGCUUUCUGUUUGAUUUAUAUUCAAUUAGCACACUAUCGUCGUCUGAAGGGGGAAAUGUAGUGAAAUGGCUCAAGGGUUUUAUUAUUUGGACAAUCCACGCAUUACAUAAUGCAAAGAAAGACGACAAAGAAAGUCGUCAAGAGGUAGUAGUGGUCGGGUUGUGUGAAGGUAAUUUUGUUUCGAUGAAAUGAGCACAUUUUCCAUUGCCAAUUUUUGAACGAAACCUGUUCUCUCUUUUGAGUUGAAAACGCUUUUUUGCGUGCUUUAUUAUGCAGAUUAGGAGGGAAAGAUGCGUCAAUGUCGGGUUUUUUUUGGUUGUGCCUUCCCAUGAAUGGGUUGAUGUGUUAAUCGCCGCAGCAUCCUCCUUUUUGAUUGGCGGCGCAUAAAAGCUUUAAAAUAAUGGCUUUUUGUAUGAUAAUUUUGCUGUCCGGACUUAACGCAAAGCAUGAUAAUAUGAAUGCGGCAGGAAAUGAUAUUAAAAGAUAAAGUAAAUCUAUCAUUUAUUAAUCUUCAUCAUGAUGGGAUCAAGAGAAGCGACCACGAGAAGCAUGAUGCUCAAAGCUCGGUGUGCGUGUAUUUAUAGCCACACUUAUAUUUGAUUCCAAAGCCGCAUUAACGGUCGUUGUUACGGAGUUGCGUGUCUCGAAACAAUUGAGCGUGGCAAUAGGCAGAGUUUAUACGCGAUCAAACUAUUACAAUCUAAUAGUAUUUUAUUGUUUUCUUAUUGCAAUUUAACUUUCCAUUAAACCAAUACGAUUUGGUGCGUUUAUCUUUCUCUUUCUUUAUCUCUCUGUUUAGCAGCUUAAAUAGCUCUGCUUUGCUUCUAAUGGCUGAAUAUCCCAGCGUCUAUAUUGAGCUACAUUUAUAGCCAUAUACAGAUGGUUCAGGGAAAGUGGUGGUUACAUUUUGCGCAUUGCGAAUGACAACUAGGCGUUCAAAAAUGAUGCCAAAUGUACACUGUCCCUAAAUUUGGUACGAAUUAACUACAUUCAAAAUUUAAAAUGCACAAAUUAACGUGCUUAACGUCGAAUCG